AUGUCCGAGUUCGGCCCCGCGCCGCCCCCUCCGCCUCAACCGGGGGCCGCUCCCUCCGCCCCUCCCUCAGCCGGGCCCGGCGCCGGCCCGGGAGGAGGAGGAGGAGGCGGCGGUGGCGGAGGCGGCAGCGGUGGCGGAGGCGGCGGCGGUGGCGGCGGCGGCGGCAGCGGCAGGAAAGACGCGUUCGCCGACGCGGUGCAGCGAGCUCGGCAGAUCGCGGCCAAGAUCGGGGGGGACGCGGCGCCCCCGGUGCCCAACAACAGCGCCCCCCCCCCGGAUUUCGGGGCUUUUGGGGGGCAGAAACGGCAGCUGGAGGAUGGAGAUCAGCCCGAGAGCAAGAAACUGGCGGCGCAGGGGGAAGCGCUGCCGGCACCGAUGGGGCCCAUCCACCCCCCUGCCAGGACGACGGUGACCGAGGAGUACCGGGUGCCUGACGGGAUGGUCGGCCUCA